CCCUUGCUAUAUAUAUUUGGGUCAGCUAUUGUAUUUCUAUACACCAGGUAACCAAUUCAUAUUACAGCCAACCUUGAACUUCAACGAUACACCCCUCGAUAACAAUAUGUGGUUACUUCUAAAAGUGCCUUCACGGUCGCAAAGUGCUCUUGCAUUUUCUCCAUUCACUUUAAAGCGACUAUCCUCCUCGAAGAGAUGGCAAGCACGUCAACUCAAGGAUCAUUUUACAAGAGAGGCAACAGUUCAAGGGCUGAAAAGUCGAGCUGCUUUUAAACUUAUUCAGAUAGAUGCGAAAUAUCACAUUUUCCACAGCGGGCAGACUGUUGUCGAUUUGGGAUAUGCACCGGGUUCGUGGUCCCAGGUGGCAGUCAGUCGGACUGGGCGAAACGGUCGCGUCCUUGGAGUUGAUAUCAUCCCUGCUCAGCCUCCAAAGGGCGUAUCUACGAUUCAAGGAAACUUUUUAGAUCCUAGCAUCCAGGCCUAUGUCCAAAACUUCCUGCAUGAUCCAACAAGGGGCCAACAGCACCGCCCAGGCAUAAUCCCGCAUGUCGGCCUAGGCCAUGAGGCGUCUGGAUUGGAUGUGGAUACGAAAAACCCCAUCAACAACUGCGAAGAGAUAGAAGAGCCUUGCCUCCUGACUGGUAAAAGAACCGUGGACGUGGUUCUAAGCGAUAUGAUGAUGAAUACUAGUGGCAUGAGUUUCAGAGAUCAUGCGGGAAGCAUGGACCUUUGCCGAGCUGCGCUACAGUUCAGUUUCGAAGUCUUAAAGGCAGGGGGCCACUUUGUUUGCAAGUUCUACCAGGGAGCCGAAGACAAAGAUUUAGAGAAGCAGCUCAAGCGGCUGUUCCAGAAAGUACAUAGACUUAAACCGGAGUCUUCACGUAAUGAAUCUAAGGAAGCCUACUUCAUUGGUCUCGCACGCAAACAACACGCAACGAGGCAUGAAGUGCUCACGUCCCCUUGAAAAAAAAUUUUUUCCGCACAAGCCUACCAGCUCAAAAGACUAGCCU